CAUAGGGCAAGCCCUUGUGAAGAACACCUGAAGUGUGUCCUACAGGCUAGAACUUGUCAAAAUGCUAUUAUUUGUUGGGAUGAAAGGCCAUGUGAUUCCUCCCAAUAGAUAUCUCUCAAGCAAUUUCUCUUCACCACUCAAUUAGCCUGAGAUUGCUGACCAUAUACAAUAUUUUCUCUUUAUAAAUACAGAUUCUAAUGGAUAGCUCCACCAAGUGCCAAAGCAUUUCCUAGCUGCUUCUCUAAAUUCCAAUUCCACACAUUUCCUCAUCCUAACAAUCUCACAAAAACCAUGGGUUUCCGCUUGCCAAGAAUUGUUAAUGCUAAGCGGAGUCUGAAACGGACUCUUUCAUCUUCAGAGACCACAGUGGUUCCCCGAGGUCACUUUGCUGUAUACGUUGGAGAAGCUGAAAAGAAGAGAUUUGUAGUCCCCAUAUCAUUGCUGAAGCAUCCUUCAUUCCAGACUUUGUUGAGUGAAGCUGAAGAAGAGUUUGGAUUUGAUCACCCUAUGGGUGCUUUGACAAUCCCUUGUAGUGAAGAAGCUUUUGGCGAUCUUACUCGCAAUCUGCGAAGCUCAUGAGAUGAAAUGAUGUGCGAAUUGGCUAAGCAAGCAGAGAUUGACUGAUAUUUAGCUCAACCGACCCUUCCCAAAUUUUAGUUUUAGGAUGCAAGUGUGUAAGGUGGAUUGUUUUAUGCAAUCCCAUUCCCUUGUCAACUAGAUAAAAUUUUGUAACUAAUAUAUAAAUGCAGAAUUUCUUUCAGA